UCGAGGAUACGGGUUCCGUGUACAUAACGGGUCGUUGCAUUGACAUUGUUGUACGCAUAAUGUUUUGCCAUGUUUACCGGCAACGGACAGUCGUGUCAAUGGGAAGAGCACGAUAGCAUUCCUCCAUAUACAAAAGAUGACACGGUGUCUGCACUGACAGCACGGCUGUAGAUUCGCGCACGUUGGCCGUUUAUAAUCAGCCAAGGCAGGCUACUAAAUAUUAAUACCUUCGUUCUGUCCCAUUGUGUUGGACCACACAGUGCGGAGGUCAUACAGAAUAGACGCACGUACCGUCUGCUCUCCAUGUCAACGGCAGCACAUCAGCUGAUGCAAUGAUGGCGGAUCGUCAUCCCAAAGACACAGUCAACGGAGAUGCGGGGAAUUCGAAGGACUCGGAGCAAGAUCUUCGAGACGAGGAGAGCAAAACUUCGGAUAAUCGUGAGGAGGAAUGCCAGGAUGCUGCCAAAUCUGCCAACGGUCUUAAAAACGGUUCUCACCCGCCGCUUACCAUUGAUGUCCGCGAUGAGACCCUCGGUGUUGACAAUCCAAACGGGAGAAACUCAAAGAGUAAGACUAAGACAGAGCUUCCGUCUUCGCCUAAGUCUCCUAUCCCCAUCGAGCCGCGUGUGUACAAACGGAGAUGGUUCAUGCUUGCAGUGUUCUGCUUGGUAUCUCUGACCAACGCUGCCCAGUGGAUUCAGUAUUCCAUCAUCGGCAAUGUUAUCAGGGAGUACUACUCCGUCAGCUACCUCACCGUGGACUGGCUCUCCAUGAUCUACAUGCUGGCCUACAUCCCCUUGAUCUGGCCGGUGACUUGGCUGCUCGAGCGCAACGAGGGCGGACUCAAAGUCAUCGGUGUCAUGGGGGCUAGCCUCAACUGCGCCGGGGCCUGGCUGCGGUACGCCGGGGCGACUCCGGACACCUUCUUCCUAGCUUUCUUGGGACAGGCUAUGUGCUCCGUGGGGCAGGUUUUUAUCCUUGGGAUGCCGGCACACGUGGCUGCCACUUGGUUUGGUGCUAAUCAGGUUUCCACGGCUUGCGCUAUCGGCGUCUUCGGAAAUCAGCUCGGAGUGGCCUUGGGUUUCGUUUUGCCUCCAAUCUUGGUUCCUAAUGAUGGCAAUAAGAGGCAGAAUAUGCUGAACAUGUUCCUGGGAAUGGCCUGCAUCACCAGCGCUUUGCUCAUUCUAAUUUUUGCCGUUUAUCAAGACAAGCCGCCCGUCCCGCCAAGCCGUGCUAAGUUAGGUGCUCAGAUCUCCCGGACACAGCGUUCCUACAAACAAUCUUUGAGGACACUGUGUAAAAACACAGGUUUUGUACUGCUGGUUAUAACGUACGGUAUUAAUGUUGGUUCAUUCUAUGCAAUUUCUACUCUUCUGAACCAACUCAUAUUGACUGAAUUUGAGGGUUUGGAGGCAAUGGCUGGUAUUAUUGGGAUGACGAUUGUGCUGACGGGUUUACUGGGAUCCGCUGUAACAGGGGUCUGGCUGGAUAGAACAAGAACAUACAGGGGCACUACUGUUGUUGUGUACAUCCUCUCCCUGCUGGGUCUGAUCGGCUUCACGUUCACGUUAAAAUUAGGAAACAUUUGGAUAGUAUUUUCUAUAUCUGCAUUCCUUGGUUUUUUCAUGACCGGUUAUCUACCUCUGGGUUUCGAGUUUGCGGCAGAGCUGACCCACCCUGAACCGGAAGGGACGUCCUCUGGAAUGCUGAAUGCAUCGGCCCAGACGUUUGGGAUUAUUUUCACAAUGAUAAUGGGAACGUUGGCGACAAACUACGGUACGAUAGCAGCCAAUCUCUUCCUGUGUGGAUGUGUGCUGGUUGGAUGUGUCCUAACGAUGUUCAUCAAAUCAGACCUGAGGAGGCAGGAAGCGGAACGAAUGCAUGACUUCCAAGCUUUACCCACCGAAGUGGAAGGAAAGGACCAGGAACUGGACACUCAGUUGGAUGAAAAAUCUCAAUCUUGAACACCCCCUUCCCCCUCCUCUCC